ACAAAAACAUUGUAUGAAUUUCGUCAUAGCAAAUGUCAUUCCUAAACCAUCCAAAUCUUCAACUUUCCUAUUAAACCAACCUCACAUCCCUUACAUGUUCUAUCCUAUCCACAAUAUGAAUAACACAACACCACCCAAUCCCCGUCGUGUCCUGUUAAUUACAUAUUCUGCUCAAGGGCACAUUAAUCCUACUCUCCAACUCGCCAAGCGCCUCAUCCGCCACGGGGAUCUCCAUGUCACCUUCCUCACCUCCCUAUCUGCCUACCGCCGCAUGGGUCAAACCCCAACUCUCCCACAUCUCUCAUUUGCCUUCUUUUCCGAUGGCUACGACGACGGUUUCAAACCUGGUGACGACAUUGACCAUUACGUGUCGGAGCUUGAGCGUUGUGGUUCUGAUGCUUUGAAGAAUAUAAUCCAGGAGAGUAGAAACCAAGGUCAACCCUUCACUUGUAUUGUGUAUUCCAUACUCCUCCCUUGGGUGGCUACGGUGGCACGUUCCCUCGAUGUUGCGUCGGUUCUUCUUUGGAUUCAACCCGCGGUCGUUUUCGCGUUGUAUUACUAUUACUUCAACGGAUAUUACGACGAAAUUCAAAGGAUUAUCUCUGGGGAUGAUCCUAGUUCUUCAAUGAGUAUUAAAUUGCCUGGGCUUCCGUUGUUGAGUGCUCGUGAUCUUCCAUCAUUUUUUGGUGGUUCAGAUGUUUAUGCUUUUGCACUCAUAAUAUUUAGGAAGCAAUUUGAAUUACUAGAAGAAGAAGAGAGUAAUCCAAAGAUUUUAAUCAAUACAUUUGAAGAGCUGGAGAAGGAUGCAGUGAAAGCAAUUAAGAAAUUUCAUUUGAUGCCUAUCGGACCAUUGAUUCCAUCUGUUUUUCUUGACGGAACUGACCCAUCAGAAGCUUCUUCUGGCUGUGAUCUAUAUCGAUCUACGAGCAGUUAUAUCGACUGGUUGAACUCGAAACCUAAAGCAUCUGUUGUCUACGUAUCAUCGGGAAGCAUUACAAAAUUAUCAAAUCAACAAAAAGAGGAGAUGGCGAGAGGAUUAUUAAGUACAAAAAGACCAUUUUUAUGGGUUAUCCGAGACACUGAAGCAGAAGAAGAUUCAUUAAGCUUUAAAGAGAAACUAGAAACUCAAGGGAAAAUAGUCCCAUGGUGUUCUCAACUUGAGGUUCUCUCAAGUCCAGCCACAGGCUGUUUUCUCACACAUUGUGGUUGGAAUUCUUGUUUGGAGAGUCUGGCUUGCGGCGUUCCAACCGUGGCGUUUCCACAGUGGUCCGAUCAAGCGACCAACACUAAGAUCAUUCAGGACUUGUCAGAGACCGGGGUGAGGUUAGAGGCGGGGGAAGACGGCGUGGUUAAGGGAGAGGAGAUAGAAAGGUGCUUGACGUUGGUAAUGGGAGAUUCAAAGAAAGGAGAGGACAUAAGGAGGAAUGCUUUGAAAUGGAAGAAGUUGGCUAAGGAAGCUGCUAGUGAGGGUGGUUCAUCAUUUGCCAAUUUCAAAGCUUUUGUGGAUCAAGUAUGUUCUUAGAUAUUGUUGAAUUAAAGAUGCAAUCCAUCAUGAAAUUUCGAGAAAAUUUCUAGUACUGACAUUAUGAUCUUAGUGUCGUGGGGUUGGAGGACAUUAUUGUCAUAUCUAUUUAAUAUUUAUGAGGACAUAUUUCUGAUAUGAAUGAAGUCUAAAAGACAAAAUGUGUAAUAAAAUUAAAAACACGUUUAGAAAAGAAAAAUAUUUAGUAGUUGGUUUGUUG